UUCAAGUAUUCCGCACAAAGUGAGUUUCGCGUCUUGGCCAAAUUAACCCUUUGCGCUUCCAUGUCGUAGGUGGCUUGCAAUCGAAGUGUGCUUCUUUGUGAAGGAUAUUACAAAUAUAAUAUAAAUAUCUUUAAAAUAGAUUAUAUUAUUAUGUUAUUUUCAAUAUUCUUAAUAGAAAGAAUCGUCUACACUGCUUUCUACAAACUAACUAUUUUUUUAAAUGCAGUUCAAAUUAGAUGUCGUAACAAUACAGAAUUAUCGAGAAGAAAGUGCUAAAGAAAUUCGGGGUGCAAGAAGUUAAGCGGGCAGAAGUGUAAGAUGAAUCCACAAAAUCACAAAAUUCGCAUAACGGGAAUUGAAGUAAUCUCGUUACAAUCGUCGCCGAAGAAAGAUCUAGGACCAUGUGGAAAGCGGCGCUGCUGAUUGGCUUCUUCCUAGCCGAAGGCUGGUCGAAGGAGUGCGUGCCCCGCAGCUUCGGGCACAACAAAAUAGUAUGCGUCUGCAACUCAACGUACUGCGACACAACGCCGGAUGCCGAUCCGAAGGUGCCGCCGAAUGGAAGAUUCUAUUGGUACGUCUCGACGAAGGACGGCGAACGAUUGAGCUUGAAGGAGAAAGAGUUCGGCGACGCUCACAGCAACCUUUUUACUUUGACUCUAACCGUAGACAGAACGGUUAGAUAUCAAAAAAUCCUUGGGUUUGGCGGCGCGUUCACGGAUUCCGCCGGUAUGCACAUCACGAGUCUCUCCAACGCGACUCAGGACCAGCUAAUGAGGGCAUACUUCGAUACGAAAGAAGGAAGCGGAUACAUGUUGGGUCGCGUGCCAAUCGGCUCUUCCGAUUUCUCGACGAGAGUGUACACGUACGACGACACCCAGGACGACGAUACACUGGAACAUUUCUCACUCGCCCAGGAAGAUUACCAGUACAAGUUGCCGCUUAUGCGAAAAGCACACGAACUGAAUCCCGAGGUGAAAUUCUUCAGCGCCGCCUGGUCACCUCCGAGAUGGAUGAAGACCAACGACGAAAUCAAUGGAUUCGGUUUCUUGGACAGGAAGUACUAUGACGUUUACAGCAAUUAUCUCGUAAAGUUCUUGGACGAGUAUAGGAAGAACGGUGUUAACAUAUGGGGUAUAUCGACCGGUAACGAGCCGAUAAAUGCGUUCAUACCUUUCGACAAGCUGAACAGCUUGGGAUGGACACCGCCAACAGUGUCGGAGUGGGUCGGCGAACACUUCGGUCCAAUUUUGGAAGCAUCGGAUCACAACGAUACAAUUAUCAUGGGCCUCGACGACCAAAGGAUUUUCUUACCUUGGUUCGCUAAGAACGCCUAUCCUCGGCACAACAUGUCGAAGUACAUUGCGGGUACAGCCGUCCACUAUUACGCUGAUGCGUUAGCACCGGCGGGCUUAUUGGACCUAACGCACGAAGCGUUCCCAGACAAAUUCAUUUUGAUGACGGAAGCAUGCACAGGAACCGUGCCCGCCCUUCGUCACGUCGACCUGGGAUCAUGGGAUCGAGGAGAAACGUAUAUUCUAAGCAUACUGGAGUACCUGAACCAUUGGUCGGUUGGAUGGGUCGAUUGGAAUUUGGCGCUAGACAAGAGCGGUGGACCGAAUUGGAUUAACAAUUUCGUUGACUCCCCGAUUAUCGUGAACUCCACGUCUGACGAAUUCUACAAGCAGCCAAUGUAUUACGCUCUCAAGCAUGUCAGUAGAUUCGUUGUGAGAGGUUCCGUUAGGGUUUCUAUGACCGAUGACGUCAUGGUUAAGUCUGCGGCAUUCGUGACGCCAUCGAACGAAACCGUCAUCGUACUCUACAACAAAUGGAGUAUACCAAGGAAUGUCGUUAUCAAGGAUACGAAGAAGGGUCCGAUUCAUCUGGAGUUACCAGCACAAUCUAUGAACACUAUAAUUUAUGGACAAUAGAAGAUCGAUUCAUUUUUGUAUUCUGAUUAAUAAAAAUAUUGCUUUUUUAAAAGUGAA